CAAGAGCAACGCAUGUUUCGCGCAAUCCGACUCGCAAGUCAUAGACAGCCCAAAUCUCCUCUCCUCAACUCGCUGCUCCUCCGACGACGGCGACCCUUCGCCAGAGGUGUCGCACAAUCGGUAGCUCUCCUUGCCUCACGUAACCCCUCCUUAACCUUCACCCCCUUUUCCACGAAGAUGGAUCACACCACCGGCGCUGAGCCUUCUCCUCGGUCUGAUGCGGUGGAGGAUUACGUCCACGUCUCGGAUUCGGAUUUGCGCGAGGUGACUUCAAGCACGGAAUAUCGCGCAGAUCCCGAGCAUGUUGCAGCGCCUGUGCCAGUUGACGCAGAUGAGGUGAUUAGGGGAUUCGAGGAAAGGAGAAUUGGUGGUUCUGGCGAAGGAAGGGUUGAGGAGAGGAGGAUUCUUCCGGAGGAUUUGGCAAAGGGGGUGGUGCAUUUGGAAUGUGAAUCAUCAACGGAGGGGGGACGCUGCGACGUUUACCUGGUCGGAACAGCGCACGUUUCCCAGGAAUCAUGUGCAGAAGUUCAAGCUGUCAUCAGGCACCUGAAACCAGAGGUUGUUUUCUUAGAAUUGUGCUCAAGCCGCAUAGCUAUUUUGACUCCCCAAAAUCUUAAGGUUCCAACCUUCAAUGAAAUGAUUGACAUGUGGAAGAAAAGAAAGGCGAACACCUUUGGAAUUCUCUACAGUUGGUUUCUUGCCAAGGUUGCUGAGAGACUUGAGGUUUUCCCUGGUGCUGAAUUUCGUGUGGCAUAUGAGGAGGCAAUUAGUUAUGGUGCUAGGGUUUUCCUUGGCGAUCGUCCUGUGAAUAUUACAUUACGGAGGACCUGGGGGAAGAUGUCAAUAUGGCACAGGGCAAAAUUUUUAUAUUACAUAAUCUUUCAAACAUUUUUUCUGCCAAGCCCCGAAGAUCUCAAUAAGAUGCUGAAAGAUAUGGAUGACGUUGACGUGCUAACCCUAGUCAUUCAAGAGAUGAGCAAGGCAUUUCCAUCUAUCAUGGAGACAGUUUUACAUGAGCGGGAUAUGUACAUGUCCUCAACGCUAUUGAAAGUAGCUAGUGAACACUCUUCUGUUGUUGCAGUUGUGGGUAAAGGGCAUUUGCUUGGAAUAAGGAAGAACUGGAAGCAGCCUGUAGAUUUGAAGCUUCUCUUGCAAAUUCCUAGUAGGAGCGCUGCCCUUUCCAGACCAAAGAUUAUAGCUUCAGGUGUUGCAAUUGUAGGAGUAGCAGUGGCCUAUAGCAUCCAUCUCAUGGGCAAGCGAUGAACAUAUGGUAAACAAAUGGCCAUAUCUAGUUCUUUAGCUCAACAGGGCAUCAGUUUCAUUUCAUGUACCUUUGUGGAAAAUGAUGUAUCACUAAUCUCAAUGUAUAACUUCCGAGGGUUGAUAGCUAAUGUAUGGUGGGGAGAUUAUUCUGUGCGGACACCGGACACAGCUUACAUUCCAGAGGCGAUUCAGGUGCAGUCACGUCAUCCGGUACCGAGCAGUACCGAGCGGUACCGAGCGGUACCGAGCCACAGUACUGAGUAGGGGGUGACGUGCCGCGGUACCAAAUUUGUUGUUGCAGCUUAUUCCUUUUGGAAAGUUCAUUUUUUUUAAAGAUACUUGGUCAAUUAAAAUAAAUUCAAACAAACAUCACUAGACUAA